GCAGUUGGCAGCCCUGAGCCACUGACGCAAGGCCACGUCCGUAAACAAGAUGACUCUCUCCUGAGUUGGCUCCGCUAUUUUUGUGCUCCAGGACGCUUAUUUGUGGAACAUCCAUCAUGGGGGACACAGAACAGAUUGUUGCAGAGCCAGAUGAGAUGGAUGCAGAGGAUGUUGAAGGUCUUCAUCCAAACUCUCUGCAUCCACAGACUCCCCAAUUAAUUUCUCAUUUUAUUUAUAAUGUUAUGACACUGAUUACGUCAUUUGGAUGGUAUGUAGUUGGGCUCUCUGCUUUGGGCUAUUUCCUCUGGCUCCGAUUACAGCCUAAAGUUAACCAGUGGAAAGAGCAGCGGGAAAGGGACCAAGAAGCAGCAGAGUUGCAUAAAAACCCUGAUAAAGUCCUUGCAAGAGAGCGUGCAAUAGAGGCUGCACGACAGCGCAUGCAAGAGGAAUACAAUAAGCAUGCUGUUGCGCAUGCUGAGAAGGUUCAAGAAGUAAGCAUUAAUAAGAAAUUAAGGAUGCUAUAUUGUAAUGUCUGGAACCUUUUCAUAGUGGAGAGAAGAACGCCAGGAACGUAUAGAAGACUGGGAACGGCUAAUGAGCGAGGGGAGGAAGGAUACCGUAACAAAACAAAGACAUACAGCAAACACCAGCAGCAGUGGUUUGCCAGGCCCUUCUGCUUUCACAGUCUAAAGCUUCAGGGGACACAAGACUACGGCCAGUGCUUAGUUACAAUCCCCUUACGGGAGAAGGAGGUGGAUCUUGCCGAUUCAGACCUGACCGAAGAGGGCCUUCUGCUGGUGGAUGAGGUUAAUAUACUGUACAACUUCCAUACUUUCAAAAAAGCAUCCAUAUAA